AUGAGAGAAGCUGGCCUCUAUGUUAGUGACACUGCCAGGCGCCACGGUGGAGACUCUUGCAUCAUUCUAGAUGAUAUUGUCAUCCCUCUCUAUGUCAGGGGAGCCUUGCUGGGCUUCCCCAUCAGGAGGCCCACAGAGGAAGAAUUGUCCACACUUAGAGCUUAUGAAAUAACUAGCCCCAUGGUGUGGAACCCUGAAACUUUUGUGGAAGAGUCAUUGACCCAGAGUGAGUUUGCAACCUGGGAAAAUUCCAUCACAGCACACCUCAACCACACAGCAACUACCGCCAAACGCCCUACAGUAAAGGAUGUCCGACCCUACUUCCUCAAUCUACCUGAGGAUACUGUGCAGCACACUAUUGCUGCUACCACUGCCUAUGGAGGCAUAAACUCCCAUUUCCCAAUGAAAAAUCAAGUCCAAUCCAUGAACCCAGUCCUUCAGCGUCGACGCCUCCCUGAAGGUUUUGCAACCGACACUUUCUUCUCCACCGUCACCUCCUAUGAAGGAUACAACGCCUGUCAGAUUUUCUAUGGCCUUAUUUUUGUCUAUGGCCUGGGGAGUGAAAAGGAUGGCCCGAAUGCCCUCCUUGAUUUCUUCAAACAAGUAGGUGUCCCUCCCUCCAUCCUUCGGGACAACUCCAAGAUGCAAAUGAGCAAGGUCUGGACAGACUACAUGAGACGAUACUGGUGCAAGGACAAGUUCACCCAGCCUUUCAAACCAUCCCAAAAUCGUGCUGAAUUCGGAAUUGGGGUGUGCAAGGGGAGUGUAACCAAGAUGAUGAUCACAACGGGUUGCGCACCCCAAGCCUGGCGGGCAAAGGCCAUCCAACACGCUGCAGAUUUAGACAGAAACACUGCAAAGGAAUGUCUGGGAUGGAGGACACCCAUUGAAAAACUUACUGGGCAGACCCCAGACAUCUCCAAUCUCAUCAAAUUCAAGUUCUGGGAUGUAGUACUGUACCAUGAGCCUACCCACAAGUUCCCUGGACAAGCAGUUGGUGGAAACGAGAGGCUUGGAAGAUGGUUGGGCAGGGCUCAGGACCAUGGUGAUGGGAUGUGUUCUUGGAUCCUAACCCUUGAAACUGAGCAACUCAUUGUCAGAUACGCGGUGAGGAAGAUUGAAGGGGAGAACAUCUCAGAUACCACUAGGGAUGCUGUCUCAGUUCUCCACAAGGAAGAUAGGGCCAGAACCGAAGAAGCUUUCUGCCCUGUUGUGUACACCCAGACAGGGGAGAAGGACCCUAGCACCAAACCUGGGGAGGAACCCAAGUUCAAGGCUCCCCCAGCAGAGGUACCCAAGGAAACCAUCAAGGACCUGUUCAUCUGGGACCGCAUCCCCAAUAAGAAAGGUGUGGAAAGAGAUGUAAAAGGUCAGAUCAAGGAGGUCUACAAUGAUGAUGAUGGUUCCACCCAAGCAAGGGUGGAAUUCAAGGGUGGAAAGCAGAAGAUCUAUGAGUAUGAAGAGAUCGUCAAGAUGCUAACAAAGUCAGAUGAUGCUGAUGCAGAGUACUGGGAUUUUGACAAGAUCCUAGACCACAAAUGGUCCAAACAACCUGGUAGGCAAGGAAAGAUUGAUGUCAAGGUCAAGUGGAGUGGUUUCACUGAGGAUGAGGCUACCUGGGAACCCAUGGAAGUGAUCAGGAAGGACAGCCCAACAGUCCUUGCAGAGUAUGCGGCCCUCAAAGGCAUUGUCCAUGAGUCCAGGUGGAAGUGGGCCCACAAGUAUCUGAAGAACAGGAAGAAGUUCCUCAGGAUCAGAAAGCAAUGGAGGCUGAUGAAGAAGAGGACUGGUGCCAAACCAGGGGAGGUGACUGAUGAGUACCAGGAGAUCAAGUUGCUCUGGCGCUUCUCUGUAAAGUUUGACGGAAGGCACCGAGCCAGGUGUGUUGCAGGUGGUCACAUGACUGAGGACCACCCAUAUGACCUCUAUUCUGGUGUUGUUGACCUCGAGAACAUCAGGAUGGUGUUUGUCAUUGCCGCCUUGAUGAAACUAGAGGUGAUUGCAGGGGAUGUUGGGUAUGCCUACCUGAUGUCCCUCACAGUUGAGAAGAUCUGUGUGACCCUUGGAGAUGAAUGGGGAGAGCUGGCUGUGAUUGAGCCCCUCAAGGACAUCUACCAGUUUGAGAUGAAAGGAGUAGGCACCCCUGAGUACUACAGUGGAGGAGACUUGACCUUCAACCCUGAGACAGGACUCUGGGAGUUCUCUGCCAAAACCUACAUUGAGAACUUGAUCCCCAAGCUUGAAGCACUCUACAAGGUCACAUUGAAGAACUAUGGAUCUCCCAUGGAACCAGAAGAUCACCCCGAGUUGGAUGAGUCACCCUACUUAGACAGCACCAGAGUUACCCAGUACCAGAUGUUGGUUGGUUGUGGCCAGUGGGCAGUUACACUGGGGAGAAUUGACAUCCAGUACACUGUCAAUACCAUGGCUAGGUAUGGUAGGGAGCCCAGGGAGGGCCAUGAGGCCCGUUUGCUGAGGAUGUAUGGAUACCUCAAGUUCAGGCCCAAGCUUAGGCUUGCUGCCAACCCCUCUCCAGCUGUCCUAGGGGAUUUUCAGUUCUCUGAAGGGAAUGAUUGGACCGGAUUGUACCCUGACUCCAUGGAGCCCAUUGACCCAGAUGCCCCUGAGUCCCUUUUCCCAGAGAUCACCCAAGUCAUCAUGGUGGAUGCAAGCCAUGCUUCAAACAAGAUUGACAUGUGUGGCUUCCUACAUCGCUUUCUUUGGACAGAUGCCCACCAAGUCCUACUCCAAGAGAUUGGCCACCAUUGA